GCAAUGCCAUAAAUACAUACACACACCGACUCACUGUAACACAACGCCACCGCGUCUUCGCAUUCACUCAAUAUAUUCUUUCCGCCUUAUAAUAAUAAAAAGAUGAUUGCGCAAUGGACGGUUUUGACGCUUACGUUGGCCGGCGUGCGUGGAUCCAACAUCACCCAGUCUCUGACUUCCGGGGUUUGCAUGUGCGUCAACGAACCAAACUGCCAGGCCGUAAGAGACCCUACCGACCCGACCACAGUGCUGGGGACGCUCUCAAACGGCGCGUGUUUUACGUCACUUGGUGGAAUCUACCACAAGAAUGACGUCACGUUCUAUCAGCUCCGGGACAACAAUAACGGACAGACGGCUUGGGUGGAUUCGUUCUUUCUGAACGCGGAGACGACGGCCCACUGCAAUAGGUCCGCUACCAUCACCAGCCUCGGCUACCAUAUACCGCGGAGUCCGCCAGCAGUGUGUGUGGCUUACGGACAGUCUUACAACCACGGAGACAAGGCGCGCAUAGACGGCGCGUUCUGCACGUGCGAUGACGGGCUGUUCGCGUGCUCCAUGGAGGCGCAUCACUGCUUCACCGGAGGAAUCGUAUACCAUCAUGGCACCACCUUUCACAUAGACGGACGCGGUGACUGCUCGUGCCUAAGCCAAACUAUCAAAUGCAUCGUGGGCUAGACCUUUAUUGCGGAACUGAACGUGAAGUGUGAGAUGAAACGUUCAUUAUUGCGGAUUUAGUUUCGUAUGCCAUCAACCUCGUCAGUUAUAACAUUAAAUAUCAAGUCAUA